AUGAGUCGACGCAAGGUCUUCAUGCAAUACGUGGACGCGAUUCCAGACAGCUCGAUCAAGGACCACCUUUACAAGCGGGCGGGCAAGACCACCGAUAUCCAGGCAUUCCGAGAUCGCACCGGCAAGAAAAAUUUCCACUUCGACGUCCAGGAGUUCACAAAGGCCGAACCCAACGGUGACCAGUGGCAUGUUCUUGAGGUUCAGGGCGCGUAUAGCGCAUUAUCGAAAUCCGUCGUAAAGAGUGGGAAGGGCGGCAACCAAGCCAAAACGUCUACCUACGCUAUGCUGCGAGUACAUCGCGAUGCCGACCCAAGUCCAUUGGACUUUAAGGAGGCGCUGAAAUCGGCGGGCUCGCGGUGUGACGAGAAAGAGGAGAGGGGCGAGGAAACUUGUCCCAUGGCCUUGACCGUUAGCAUCUACGCCAACAAUCAGUGGAUCAAUGAACACACCGGGGACCGAGGCGGACCAGCCUACCAGCCGCCGCAGCUGACAAUCACGGAUCCGUUGGACGACCUCGAGGACGGCGAUUACAACGAGGCUACGAUGAAGGCAGCAUUCGCCGAAGCAAAGCGAGGGAAGGAGAAACUGCAGAGCGAUAUCCAGCAGAAGAACGAUGCGCACGAUGACAUGGAAAAGAAACGCGCCGAGGAUAUCGCGGCUAGGACUGCGAACAGAAAUCUGGAAAAGGGCAAGGGGAAGGGCAAGGGCAAGGGCAAGGAAACAUCUGGGUAUAAGUAG